AUGACGGACAAACAAGAGACGAAUCUUUCUCCUCUAGACUUCAACUUCACUUUCGAUGGUUCCGUCGCAGAAUGGAACGUCAAUCACCGCGAGUGGCUGAAAACCCACGACAAAACUUGGGACUCGCUUGCAACAGGCGCCCUCGUCUUUGACACCUCCAACCGCAUUCUCCUUCUCCAAAGAGCGCCAGACGACAGUAUGCCUAACAAAUGGGAGAUCCCAGGCGGUGCCUGUGACGACGAAGACGAAACUGUUCUGUACGGCUGUGCGCGUGAGCUUUGGGAGGAGGCAGGUCUGAAACUGCGACACAUUCGACGUGUUAUUCCUGAUGGGCCAAAUGGAAAACCUGGGGCCGUUUUUACCAACAGAACGGGGAAGAGGUUCUUUUGCAAGUUUAGCUUUGAGGUUGAUGUUGAGGAUACGGCUGAGGUCAAGCUUGAUCCGAAGGAGCAUCAGGAUUAUGUUUGGGCGACGGAGGAGGAGGUCAAGGGGCAGAAGAUGGGGGAGAGGGAGAUACCACUGACGAAUGCAUUGAUGGUGAGGUUGAUUGAGAAAGGGUUUGCCAUGAGGAGAGACGACAAGGGAGUGUGA